UGCAAAAUGUGGGAUAUUAUUUCACCUCUUAUUAAAGGAAUUCAAGAUGACCUUACAGAUGAAUUAAAAUAUCUUAAACUUAAGCAUGAAGUUAAAGAUUGUCAUGAACUUAUUCAAAGGCUGGCCGCAAGAGCCAAACUUGAUCCUUUAAGCGUGGAAUUUUCUCAGCAUCUUGAUAAAAACGAUAAACUAAGUCACCUGAGAGAGGAAUUUAGUAUUCCAAAAUCGGGUGAUGUUACCCUCAAUGAUGUUGUGUCAAAGAACCCUAAUGAACCAAGCUUGUAUCUUUGCGGGAAUUCUCUCGGUCUAAUGCCAAAGCGCGCAAGGAUAUUAGUGAAUCAAGAACUAGACGUUGGCGUAAAUGGUCAUUUCACCCAUCCGAAUAAUCGUCCAUGGGUAUCUAUUGAAGAUACCGUGGUGGAAAAAAUGGCUGAUGUUGUUGGUGCAAAGCCUAUCGAAAUAGCAAUAAUGAACACACUUACUUCAAAUCUUCAUCUACUCAUGGCUUCGUUUUAUACACCAACAAAACAUAGAAACAAGAUUCUAAUUGAAGCUAAAGCUUUCCCAUCGGAUCAGUAUGCGGUUGAAUCCCAAAUUAAAUUUCAUGGUUAUGAUCCUGCUACAACACUGAUAAAGGUUAAUCCACCUCCUGGCGAAUACAUUAUAAAUUUGAAUGAUAUCUUGGAAACGAUUGAAAAAGAAGGUUCUUCGAUCGCUUUGAUUCUUUUCAGCGGUCUUCAUUAUUAUUCUGGGCAACUUUUUAAAUUGAAAAAGAUAACUGCUGCUGCUCAAAAGAAGGGAUGCAUUGUUGGUUUUGAUUUGUGUCACGCAGUGGGUAAUGUAGUUCUCAAACUUCAUAAGUGGAAUGUUGAUUUUGCGGUGUGGUGUACAUAUAAGUAUAUGAACUCUGGUCCUGGUGGUAUUGCCGGUAUCUUCAUUCAUGAAAAACACGCACACGAUUUUAAUCGACCUAGAUUUGCAGGAUGGUGGGGUUCCGAUAGGAGAUCGAGAUUCCAAAUGGAUAAACCGUUUAACCCCAUCCCUGGCGCUGGAGGUUUCCAAGUCUCUAAUCCCUCAGUGUUGAAUACAAUCUCACUUCUUGCAAGUCUUGAUGUAUUCGCACAAACCAGUAUGGUUCAGCUUCGAGCAAAAUCAAUUCUUCUCACUGGUUAUUUGGAGUAUCUUUUAGAUAAGCAACUUAAUGGAUUGGGAUACAAAGUUAUCACGCCGCGUGAUCCUCAUCAACGUGGUUGUCAAAUUUCUCUCGUGUUCGAUGAAGAUAAAUUAGAUAAGGUGAUUAAUGGAUUGAUGAGCUACGGUGCAGUCGUUGACGAAAGAACUCCUGAUUGUAUCAGAGUAGCACCUAAUCCUAUGUAUAAUAAUUUUUCGGAAGUAUUUAGAUUUGUCAAAGCUUUAAAAAUUGUUAUGGGGGAUUUGGGAUUUAAAUUUGAGGUCAAAAAGUAA